GUCAACAAUCACAAAAACAGAAAUUUCAGAACUGAAAUGUCAUACAUUCAUCAACAGAAAAAAAAAUAUAGUGCAAAUGGUGUGGCCGCGGUGUGGGAUAUAUUGAACGCAGAAAUGUCAAGUCGAGGACCAUUGAAAUUAUUCUUGAAAAAAUUUUGAUUGUUUAUUUUCACUAUUUGAAAAUAGUAUUCUUUUCAGAAGUAAAUUGUUAAACUACUUGCUUCUUAUUCAACAAUGAUUGUAUUUUUAUCACAGUAAUAAAAACCCAAUCAUUUUGAUGGAAUUUUGUAUUCAAUUUCCCAAAUUAAAACUAAUUCAAGAUAAGGUGUAUAUGUACUUGUUCAUUUACUGUUGUAAUAACUUCUUUUGAAAAACUAGUAUCUUCAACGAUAAUUUAUCCAACUAUUGUUGAAAAAAAAUUUGAAUUGACUUGUUCGGAAAUUAUGGAAGGCGCUAAGAUUUAAAUUUGGCGCGUGACGUUUAGUUCGGCAGCUCGUUGCCUGGGGGAGCUUUUUAUUCUUCAGACCUCUAUGCAGCUGACACUUCUCAUAUGAUUUGAUAUGUUCUAUGCUCCUUUAUUGUUUUCUGAAAUCAUAUAAAAUUGUGAGAUUUAAAUAUCUUCGAAUUAUCCGUGCAUCCCUCAUAUGUCUUUCGUUGAAAAAUUAAUCAACGAAGUACGAGCAUGUCCAGCUUUAUGGGAUAAACGUAAUAGUGAGUACAAAAACCGAUUGAAAAACAACGAAGAUUGGAGUAAUAUCGCGAAAAAUCUCAAUAAAACUAAAAAUGAGGUUAAGAUCAAAUGGAAAAAUUUGAGGGAUGUGUUCAUGAAGGAAACAAAAAAGAAACAUCCAGAUAAUGGUAACUAUUCUGGGAAGUGGAGCUAUUUCAGUCAAAUGCAAUUUCUGGAAGAUAUCGUCAAUCCAAGAGGCUGCAUUAGUAAUUUUGAAAACUUCAAUGGCAUAGCCGAUUUUUGCGAAGAGAAAGGAAAAAAAUAUUUCGAAGAGUUUAAAAACGGUGUAUUAAUAGAGAAUAUAAAAGUGGAGGCAACUUUCGAAACUCCUAGUGAAUGUUCACAAAGUGUUGAAAGAGAGCUCGAAACCACAUUUGAGGACGUAUUUUCCAAAACAAACUACUACGACAGCAAGCCGUUAUAUUCUGAUUCUUCAAAUAAAAAGAUCAGAACAGAACAAGAACCAUUAAAUAGAAAUAAUGAGAAGCAAGAUGAUACAGAUAUUUUAUUUUUAAUGUCCUUGGCACCAUAUUUCAAAUAUUUGAAUCCAUUGCAGAAUCUCAGAUUGAGGAAUAAAAUCCAUAUUAUGAUUGCCGAUGAGAUUUCUAAGGCUACUUCUUCUCUAACCUGAGUGUUUCCUAUUCGGAAAUCCUAUCCAGCCUUUUUCUUUUGGUCAUUGUUACCCUUUUUGAUACAUUCAUUAUCUAUUUUUACCUGAUGUUAAUAAAUAUUGAUGAAUUGAUUAAAUAACUAGAUCAUGAUUCCUCAAUUCAAAACACUUCCACCAAUCCAACCAUUCGAAUAAAGCAAUGGCGGAUUCUAGGUAUAU